AUGGCUCCCAAGAACCCCUUCAGGUUCGGCCACGACCUCUGGGAUCCGUCCAACCGCUUCGAGACGUCCUGGCUGUUGAACCCCUGGCUUCUCUUCGCCGCCCGCGCUCUCAUCAGCAUCUACGCAUUCGUCACGCGAUUCUUCGUCAUCGGCUGGACAUGCACGCAUGACAAUCUCGGUGGCUGUAGGGAGGUGGGCAGGUCAUUCAGCUAUUUCACCAUCCUGACCUACUGGGGUAUCGCGUUCUACUUUGGUGUCGCGGCGCUGCACACUAUCACCUAUGCCAUCCGAGGCCGAUCGUUACUCGAUACUCUUCCACGACCGCUGCAGGCGCUCCAUGCGCUUUUCUACUCGACCAUUGUCACGUAUCCCUUCCUCGUCACGAUUGUAUACUGGGUAGUUCUCUUCAAGGGACCUUGGUUCCCUAUCCAAUUCAACGCCUGGAGCAACAUCAGUCAGCAUGGCUUGAACAGCCUCUUUGCGCUUUUCGAAAUCAUCAUUCCCCGGACGAACCCUCCCCAAUGGGUGCAUAUCGUGUGGUUGAUCUUCAUCCUUGCGAUGUAUCUCGCCCUCGCCUAUCUUACCCACGCGACGCAGGGGUUCUACGUGUACAACUUCCUUGACUAUCAAGAUGUUGGCGGACGGGGUAUUGUCGCAGGAUACAUUUUCGGCAUCCUUGUCGGAAUCAUUAUUAUCUUCUGUCUUGUUUGGGGCAUCAUCUGGGUUCGUCGCUGGUUGACGGAGACAAAGCUUGGUAUGGACGGCAAGUUUGCCAGGCAGCCUGCAGACACCAAUGAUGUCGAACUGAACUCCGGUAACAAAUAUGCUAUCGGAAACCACCCUGAGGCCCCGGAGAGGGUGUAUUAG